AAAUGUUCAGAAGGAAACUACACAAGACAAUUGGGUAAUUAUGGCAAAGGAUAAGAAGAAAAAUGGCAAGAAGGCAGAAAAAUCUGCACGUCGUACUCCUGUGCAAGAUACCACACCUGAGAGUAGUUCAACAGUGCUGACAGAUCCGCAGACCUUAGUGGAUGGAGUGGAAGAAACAGUGGCAAAUCCAGUAAUACCAGAUAAAGAACUAGAGGAGGUAAAGGAAACUCCAGUCCAUGAUGUUCCUCAAUACUAUGAGGAGCCAAUUCCAACUCAAGUUGUUGUAAAAAGCUAUGAAGGUGAGAAAGUCCAUGGAUUGUUUGAGGGUGAAGGAUUUGCAUAUUUUGAAGGGGGAAAUACAUAUAAGGGUAUGUUUUCUGAAGGGUUUAUGCAUGGACAAGGGACUUACACGUGGGCUGAUGGAGUGAAGUAUGAGGGAACAUUCAUUAAGAAUGUGCAGAUGUUUAAUGGCAGUUACACGUGGAAUGAUGGCAGCAUUUAUGAGGGAUCAAUCAAGAAUGGACUUAGGCAUGGGUUUGGAUUUUUCAGAAGUGGUACUUGUCCUGUUUCUUACCUUGGCUAUUGGUGUAACGGCAAAAGACAUGGAAAGGGCACUAUUUAUUAUGAUCAGGAACGUACAUCUUGGUAUUCAGGCGACUGGGUAAAUAAUGUCAAAGAAGGAUGGGGAGUGAGAUGCUAUAAGUCUGGAAAUAUCUAUGAAGGUCAGUGGGAGAAAAAUGUACGUCAUGGAAAAGGAAGAAUGAGAUGGUUGACAGCUAAUCAGGAGUAUAUGGGACAGUGGGUGUAUGGCAUACAGCAUGGGUAUGGCACCCACAUAUGGUUUUUGAAGAGAAUACCAGUAUCUCAGUAUCCCUUAAGGAAUGAAUACAGAGGGGAUUUUGUAAAUGGGGAACGACAUGGACAUGGGAAGUUCAUCUAUGCCAGUGGAGUGGUGUAUGAUGGUGAAUGGGUUUGUAAUAAGAAGCAUGGCAAGGGCAAGUUUGUCUUCGAGAAUGGCCAUGUUUAUGAAGGAGAGUUCAUAGAUGAUCAUUUAGUACAAUCUCCUCCUUUUCAAGGGAAUACAACGAAUGCGGAAGAGCUGAAUGCCAUUUUCACAGGAGGUCAUUUUGGCACUGAAAAUACCACAAUCAUUAAUGGCUCAGAAAAUACUUCUGUUCUGGAAUCAAAUAUUACAUUAGAUAUCUCUUCACUGCUUGACUUGGUGCCAAGGGAAGAGAGACAUGAAGAACUGAAACAAGUAGAAUUUGCUGUGUUGAGGCAUAUUACAGAACUGAGAAGAAUUUACACCUUCUACAGCAGCUUAGGCUGUGAUCAUUCCCUUGACAACACCUUCUUUAUGACUAAGCUCCAGUUUUGGAGAUUUCUGAAGGACUGCCAGUUUCAUCACUCCAACAUAACUCUUGCUGAAAUGGAUCGGCUGUUGAGCGGUGAUAAAACACCACUUGAGAAGAUACAUUGUCCACAUGAGACUUUACUCUUCAGAACAUUUUUAUCUUACCUUAUUCACCUAGCAUUUCAUAUCUAUUACAAAGAGCACAAAGAGAAAAGUCCUUAUCUGUGUGAGUGUUUCUCAGAAAUGAUGUCCAGGAAUGUUAUUCCUGCUGCCUGUCAUAUCCAAAGUGUUUUGUUUUCUGAGGAACGCUUCACAGUUUUUGCCAUGAGCUAUAUUGACAAGUGCUGGGCAAUGUACACAGCUUUUUGCAGACCGAGUACCAGGCCUCCCUUUGAACCCACAAUGAAUAGGAGGCACUUCCUUUGGAUGUUAAACGAUUUAAAACUUCUCAGCAAACAAUUAACUGCUUCAAGACUUGUGGAAAUACUUGUAAAAGAUGAUCCCUCUCUACAUGACAGCAGUAGUACCAACCUGGAGCUGGAGUUGGUUUUUCUUGAGUUUGUUGAAGCUCUUCUUGAUUGUGCCUUGGUGUAUGUUACCAGUGAUAUGAUUGAGGAGCAAUUAGCUCGUGAUAAUCAGAAAGGAAGUAGCGUUAGAAUCGAGGGUCUCUCCGAGGGAACCACAAGUGUGUCUCUGUACCCAGAAUAUUUUCCAUCCCAGCCACUGAGACAUUAUGAAGACACAGGGCAUCCUCUUCAAGAAUUUCCUCCAGAUACUGUCCUGUCAUUUCCCACAACUCAUGGUGAUAUCAAAGAUGCAGAAAAAGAACAAGAUUUGUGUCCAGCAAAGGAAUUGACAGAUGAACCAAAAGAAGCCAAAACUAAACAUGAUGAGGAAUUGAAUCUGUGGAUGUGUCAGGUGCAAACCUUUUUUACAACUAAGUUGUUUCCUGCCUACCAGCAUGAAAAAGUGCUGAGGGAGAAAAUAAAAGAAAACCGAAUACGGGAUGCUGAAUUAGCUGAGCUGAGAAGGAUCAAGGAUGAGGAGCUGGCAGAGUGAGCAAAAAGAAGAGAAGCGGAAGAGGCAAAAAUGCAAGAAGCAGCUGCAGCACAAAAAACAAUUGACUCCAAGAGUGUGGAAUUCAAGGAGUUAAAGGAGCCUGUCAAACAGUUAGUGCCUCCUGGAAAGGAAAAGGCACACCCCAAUGGUACCAAGGUACCUGCUGGCAAAAAGAGAAAGAAGAAAUAAAGCUUCUGAAGCUUCAAAGGUCAAGUUUAUUUAGCACCGACUACUGUGUGACCCUCUGGAAUGAACUGUGUGUGGAAUAUGUACUCAAAAUACAUGUACUCCUCCCAAAUAUUUUGCCCUUUAGAGAAGCAGCAGUGGAUGGUGACAGUAAAGAAGAGCUACCUUCCAUAGUGUUGUAGAUUUCCUGGCAUCUCAGCACGUAUUGGAGAAUCUCUUCCUGCUAACUGGAGAGAAAAACAACACACACAAGAAAAAACA